GCCGCAGCUUGUUCCUGCAACCAAACGCCCGGUCCUGCUGUCCACGUCGUCGUUGUGAUACCAGAGCCCUUACCGGACUGCCGGACCUCCCUCCUCGCAUACCCUCGAACUCCCUCUUCUAUUUUGUCUUUUUUCUUCUCCACCUGAUCUUGACACAUUGGCCCUACCAGUCUCCUCUCAUCAUGAUUAUUCGGCACCGGGAAGACGUGGAGUUCCAGACCCUCGAUGGGUGUACCCUCCGGGGCUGGCUGUUCCCAGCCGCCCAGCGCGGCCCCGCCGUCAUUAUGAGUCCUGGGUUCAACUGUGUCAAGGAGAUGCUGCUCCCUGAAGUCGCAACUGCGUUCCAGGCCGCCGGCAUCACGGCGUUGGUGUAUGACACCAGGUCCAUUGGUGCGAGUGAUGGGCUGCCUCGCAACGACAUCAACCCCACCAAGCAGGUCGGGGACUACCACGAUGCCGUGACCUACAUGCGCACUCACCCCUUGGUCAAUCCUGCUCAGAUCGCACUUUGGGGAUACUCGCUCUCAGGCACGGUAGCACUGUCGGCGGCAGCGCUUGACAAGCGCAUUGCUGCUGUCGUUGCCUGCGCACCUCCAACUGACGUUGGGUUCCCUCCGGAGAAACUCCCCAAGAUCCUCGCCCGUGUGCAAAAAGAUCGGGAGUCUUCGGUUGCGGGAAAUCCGCCCUGUCAGGUGCCUCUGUUUGACAAAAAAGGCAAUACUCUCUACAAGAUUGCCGUGCCGAUCUCCGAAGAUGAUCACGAUCUCAUCCGGCAGGCACAGGCCUACGGGCCAACCGUCAACAUCACCACCUCAAUGCAGUCCUACUACCACAUCGCCAUGUGGGAACCCCUCAAACUCAUGCACCUCGUCAGUCCCACUCCUGUCAUGAUGUGUGUGGCCGAGGAGGACGGCAUGUGCCCACUAGCGGAGGAGAAGAAGCUGUUUGAAAGUUUCAAAGAACCCAAGGCAUUUUAUUCGGUGCCGAAGAAAGGGCAUAUGGAUUUCCUGACGGGAGAGGAGUUUCCUCACGUCAUGGAGGCGCAGAUUGAUUUCUUGAAGCAACAUUUGGGUAUGAAGAGCGUUUAGGGAUGUGCCAAGAAGUGGCCCGCAUGUAUGUUUUCCUAUUUGGGUAUGUGACAGUGGUAUUGGACCUCGCAUGAAUGACAGCUGCAUUUUUUGGGAUAUUGAUCUGAAAGGGGACGUAAAUUCACGGGCCUGCAGCUCAAUGUCGUA